GAACAUUUCAACGGACAGAACAUUGUUCGCGAACAUGUUUGCAACCAAUGUGGACGGGAAAACGAACAUUUCCCCGUAACAAAAAAUGUUCGGUUGUUUGUUCGGUUGCGAUCCGAUAUUUGUCGGUUUUUGCCAGUCACAUCAAAGGAUGUUCGCCGUGGCUCGGAUAACAGUCUGGACGUCGCUGCGAACACUUCCUGCGAACAUUCAGUUGUCGACGUGGAGCGGUGUUGUCUUCACGGAGUUAGUAGCGGCGCGUGACUCUUUUGUUAUAUGAGAAUGGAGUGGUCCAAGGAAGAUCAAAUAAAACUGAUAGAUUUGUAUAAACAACAAACAGUGAUAUGGGACCCAAACAAUGUUAAUCAUUUCAACAAAAUUAGAAAACAAGACGCGUGGGAAGAAAUCGGGGCCGAAAUGGACAGAGAUGUGGACGAAUGUAAGAAGAAAAUGGAGAGUUUGCUAUCAGCAUUAAGAAGGGAGAGGAAGAAAAUGAAAGACACUGCUGGAACUGGAAAAGGAACUGACGAAAUGUACAGAAGUUCCUGGUUCGCUUUCGAAAGUCUACGUUUCUUGCUGGACAAAAAUAAACCAAGAAAGACAAUUUCGACGAUGCGAGUAGAAAGCGAAGAGAGAGACGUAGAAUGUGGUGCAGUUGGAGAAUCAGCACAGGAAACUGUACCGAAAAAGAAGAAGCAGCGAGUCGAAGAUGCACGUCUGGACAAAGCCUUUCAUAUAUUGUCGUCCACCGCGAGUCAGCUUAACGAUGAGUGCCAACAUUUUGGAAAUUUGGUCGCAUCUAAGUUGAGACAGUACAACGUUGAUACUAGAUGUACAAUUGAAAAUGACAUUAUGGGUAUUUUCCUUCGCGCUAACAGGGGUUUCUACAAUAACACUCAGAAUUUUAUACAACCACACUAUCCAUGUCAUUUUCCAUCGGACAACUCUGUCAUGCAGUCAAACACUGUAUUGUCCAACCCUACAACCCCGUGUCCUUCAGCAGGAUCACCUACCUUGACGUCUGAUGAUGAUGAUUUCAUUAUUCACGAUCUCUUAUAAAAUAUUUUUGUUUUAAUUACAGUGCUCCUAAUGAUUUGUAACACAGUGUAAACAACUUUGUCAUUUCUUAUAAAUAAAUGUAGAAAAUUACGUUAAUAAAUCUUUCAAUUACACAGUACCGCAGAAUAAGUCAAUACUUACCUUAAUGUAAUCCUCAAGUCCUUCGAUGAGAGCAGAACACACUUCAGGAAUAACUGUGCUGAUAGUCUGUUUUGAAAUUUUAAAUACAUACUGAAGGCUGGUAUACGAAUCACCAGUUGCUAAAAAACGUAAUGUCAAUGCCAGUCUUUCUGUAAUUGGAAUUGCUUUUCUGAACGACGUAUCUCUCUUACCAAUUUUCGCUCCUAUCAAAUUGAUCAACCACUCAAAAUCUGAUGGGUGCAUUCUUGUAAAGUUCUUGUAAAGACCACUGACUGACUGAAAACUUAAGUCUGCCAACAAGUUCGAGCCACUAUAUGUUGUCCUACUUUCAUACAGUUUUGUAAUCCACCAACGGCGAGAUUUCCUUCGCUUUUUAACCGCAUAGUGAAUGUAAAUAUAUACAGCUGCUGCUACUUGCGCCUGUGUACUCAUCGUGCCACUGCUAAGUACGGAAUGGGUCACAGGGAACACACCUCGAACAAUGUUCGCAAACAAUGUUCUUUCGAAAUCUGAACACUGUUCGUAAAAUGUGUCGAACACUGUUCGCUGUUCUGUUCGCUAAAAUGUUCUAGUCUGUACCCGCCUUAACAUGCGGAAGGUUUGCGCAAAAAUGGUGCUGAAACUCCUCACUCCCGAGCAAAAGGAAUCAAGACAGAACAUUUGUACUGACAUUCUAAACAACAUCACCACUAAUCCAGAUUUGUUAGACAAUGUGAUUACUUGUGAUUAAUCGUGGUUUUUUACUUACGAUCCCAAA